AUGAACGUUGAGGACAGCAUGUCUUGGGGCUGUGUCUGUGUACCGAAAACAAAGAAGCAGCAGCAGCAGCAACAGCAGCAAAUGAAGCAGAAGCCGGGGAAGCAGCAGGCUGCGCAGCAGCAGCAGCUGCCGAAGGUGAAGAAGCAACGAGAGAAGCAGCAGCAGCAGCAGCAGCAGCAGAAACGACAGAAACAGCAGCAGCAUAAGGACCCUCUAAAGCAGGAAAAGCAGCCGAAGCAGAGCAAAAAGCAGCAGCAGCAACAGCAGCAGCAGAAGCAGAAGAAGCAGCAGCAGGGAGACGAGAUACACCAAGGGGAGGCGAAGAAUCAGCAAAAGCAGCAAAAGAAGAAGCAGCAGCAGCAAGCCAAGCAGCAGCAGCAGCAGCCUCAUCAGAAGGCAGACAAAAUACCGAAGCAGCGGAAGCAGCAGCAGCAGCAGCAGCAGCAGCAGCAGACAAAGAAAGAAAAGAAGGAGAAGAAGCAGCAGCAGAAGCAGGCUCCCGAUCCGAAGGCCCAGCAGAAGCAGCAGCGAAAAAGAAAGCAGCAGCAGCAGCAGCAGCAGCAGGAACCAGCUGAGGGGGCCCCGCCUGUGAAGAAGCUCUGCAAGCCGAAGCAGGAGCAGCAGCAGCAAAAGAAGAGGAAGCAGCAGGGAUUAGAUGAUGGAUCUGCUAGCAAAAAGAAGCAGCAGCGUAAAGAAGAGCAGCAGCAGCAGCAGCAGCAGCAGAAGCAGCCGCUGCUGGCUUUGUCUGAGCUGCAGCAGCAACUGAGAUGUCUCAAGGGCCUUCGUUUCCUGCAGCCCCUGUCUCUUGCUGCAGCAGCACCAGCCCUGCUGCUGCAGCCGCUGCUACUUCCAACCCAGCAGCAGCAACAGCAGCAGCAGCAGCAAGGUGUGCAGCAGGGCUGCGAUGGGUCGGUAAAUAACAGCAACAGCAGCAGCAGCAGCAGCAGCAGCAGUUGCUGCAGCAACUGCAGCAGCAACGUUUCGUGGGUUGCUGCUGUCCCUCCUGCUGCACUUCCCAGCGAUUUCGGUUUUGCUGCUAUCUCAGUUGAGUUUGAGCAGCAGAAGCAGCAGCAGCAACAGCAGCAGCAGUUGCUGCUGCAGGAGGAGGAGCAGCCGCAGGAGCAGCAGCAACCACAGCAGCAGCAGCAGCAGCAGCAGCAGCAAGGGCAGCAGCUGCUGCUGAAAACUCCUGUGCUGCUGAUUGGGAGAGGGGCACGUGAUACUUGUGCACUCCUACCAGGAACUGCUGCAGACCUUGCUGCAUUUGUUGCCGCUCGCCAAGCGUGCCGCAGCAGCGGCAGCAGCAGCAGCAGCAGCAGCAACAACACCAACAGCAAUAACAAUAGAGACGCCUGCAAUACUGCAGGUGCAGCAGCAGCAACAGCAGCAGCAGCAGAAGCAGCAUUAGUUUCUCCUGAAGCAGCAGCAGCAGCAGCAAACUGCGUCUCUAAGCUGCUGCUGCCGCGGCAGUGCCGCAGCGUCUCUCGUCUGCAUGCGGCGCUUCACUACCAACCCGCUAGUGGCUGUUGGGUCGCCACAAAUUUUUCUACCCGUAGGGUUUUUGUUGCUGAGGGUUUCAGCAGCGCAGCAGAGCAGCAGCAGCUGCAGCAGCGAGAAGAAGCUAAUCCAGGGGAAGGGGUUGAGGCUGGCGGCUACGCUUUGAAUCUGCGGCAGCCGCGCUGCCUGUUGCCCUGGCGGCAGCGCGUUGUGCAGCAGCAGCAGGAGCAGCAGCAACAGCAGCAGAAGCAGCAACAGCAGCAGCAGCAGCAGCAGCAGCACAGCGAAGCUGUUGGCGGGUCUCCCUUAGAAUCGAACAGCAGUCAGGUUGAGGGAGCUUCUAUCGAGCGCAGCACUAGUAGCAGCAGCAGCAACAGCAGCACCAACAGCAGCAGCAGCAACGGCAGCAGCAGCAACGGCAGCAGCAGCAACAGCAGCAGCUGCUGCUACGACAGCAGCAGCUGCUUGCUGGGCCCCCGCGAGAUUCUGCAGCUGGCUAAGAAUGUGCAACUGAUUUGGAGGCUGCCGCUACCCAUUGCAGCUCAGCAAUCCUCUACGUUGAGGCGGUACGUGCGGGAAGUUGCGAAUGCUAAGCAGCAGCAACAGCAGCAGCAGAAGCACGUGCUGCUGCUGCAGCAGCACCAGCUGCAGCAGGCUUUGGCGCUCGACAAGAACAACGCGGAGCUGCAGCAGCAGCAGCAGCAGCUCGAGAUGAAGCAAGCAGAUGCGCAGCAACAGAGACAACAUAAAAAACAGCAGCAAAAGCUGAAGCAGCAGCAGCAACAGCAGCAGGAGCAGCAGCACGACCUCCAGCAACCCAAGCAGCAGCAGCAGCAGAUGGAUGAGCAGCAGCAGCAGCAGCAGACGGAUGAGCAGCAGCAGCAGCAGCCAGAUCAGCAGCAGCAGCAGCAGACGGAUGAGCAGCAGCAGCAGGAGGAUCAGCAGCAGCAGCUGGAGCAGCAGCAAGAACAGGAUGAGCAGCAAUAG